AUGGAUUUGGAAGCUAAUGCGGCCGUCUGUCGAGCUUUGGCUGCCCUGCUCCUCGCGGCUUUGCGGCUAAGAGUGCGAGGGGAAGGGUGCUGCAGUCAGAACGAUGGGAAUGGCGUACAAGUGCCGAGCGACCGACUUGCUUGUCGUGUAAAAAGACGUUCAGGAAGCGUUUUACACACACAAAACGCACCUCUUUUCUUCCUUUUCCUCUGCUGCUCUCCUUUGCUCCACGGCUUUCCUACUAUUGACGUUCGAAGCCUCUUCGGGCGCUUCAUCUUCCUCAUCGUCAUCCGCAUCGCUCGCUUCGUCGUCAUUCCGCAACUGAUUCGAAAUUGCUCCCACUUCAUCAGACGCGGUUCCGCCGACGAGUCCCACAUACUCCUCCGCUUCUCCUUCACCUGGCAACUUCAACUUGUUGCUAUUGCCACUCAAAGACAACAAAGGAUCGAAUCCUCCCAAAGUUCUCGAUCUGCGAAUCGCAGCAGAGUUGGUGCUUGCCGACGCCGAAGCCAGCGCCGCUUGCGAGGCUUGCGGUCUGGCUGUUGCUGACCCUUGA